AAGCCCAGGAGGGGCUGGUCUGUGGGCGGGGAAUAUGAUAAUACCCUCCAGAGGAAGUGAGCGCAGUGUAGUGGAAUGUAGUUGCCAUUAGUGGAAGUUGAGCUGAAGCUGGCUAACAGCUAGCCUGCUAUGUUGAGUGUGAACUGGAGACACAGAGGAGAGUGAUGAAAACAUGCCUCACUUCACAGUGGUGCCGGUAAAGGAUCGAGCUGAGUCCAGCUAUGACAGUCUAGAGGGGAUUAACUGGGUGGAUUACAGGGACACUGGACAGGACUACCCUGAUCAUCAAGACACUGUCAGUUCUGAUGGACAUGGGAAUCAUAAAGAAGACAGCCCAUUUCUCAACAGUGCCGAUGCUGCUUGCAAGAAGAAUGACUUCUAUGACAGAAAUCUGGCCUUGUUUGAGGAAGAACUGGACAUCCGGCCGAAGGUUUCCUCUCUGCUCAGCCGCCUGGUCAACUACACAAACAUCACCCAGGGAGCUAAGGAGCAUGAGGAGGAGGAAAGCGCUGAGGCCUCCCGUAGGAAGACCCCCAAGUCUCCCAACAUGGGCACUCUGAUGGGUGUCUACCUGCCGUGUCUCCAGAACAUCUUUGGUGUCAUUCUUUUUCUCCGACUGACAUGGAUUGUCGGGAUGGCUGGCAUCAUACAGUCCCUCCUGAUUGUCCUCAUGUGCUGCUCAUGUACGAUGCUCACAGCCAUAUCAAUGAGUGCCAUUGCCACUAAUGGUGUUGUUCCAGCUGGAGGAGCAUACUUCAUGAUCUCACGCUCGCUGGGCCCAGAGUUUGGAGGAGCUGUGGGGCUGUGCUUCUACCUGGGCACCACUUUUGCUUCUGCAAUGUACAUACUGGGGGCCAUCGAAAUCUUCUUGAAAUAUCUGGUCCCCCAAGCGGCCAUCUUUCAUGCUGCAGACCCCCAUGGGAGCGACAGUGCCAUGUUGAACAAUAUGCGAGUCUAUGGUUCUAUCUGCCUUAGCCUGAUGGCUGUGGUGGUUUUUGUGGGAGUCAAAUAUGUCAACAAACUGGCUUCUCUUUUCCUUGCCUGCGUCAUUAUCUCAAUUAUCUCCAUCUACGCUGGGGCAAUCAAAUCCAUGACUCAUCCGCCAGAAUUCCCGAUCUGCAUGCUGGGCAACAGGACAUUGGUCAGAGAUCGCUUUGAUGUGUGUGCCAAGACUGUAAUAAAAGGCAACAUCACAGUGCCCAGUCAGCUGUGGGACACAUUCUGCCUGCCGGGGAACAUGAGCGGCUCUCAGUGUGAUGACUACUUCAUCCAGAACAAUGUGACAGAGAUACAGGGCAUCCCUGGACUGAGCAGUGGGAUUAUCAGAGAAAACAUGUGGAGCGACUACAUGCAGAAAGGGGAGAUCUUAGAGAAGGCUGGGCUAGGGUCAGUGGAUGCCCACAGUGCCUUGGAGAACUUUGGCAUGUAUGUAUCAGCAGACAUUGCUACAUCAUUCACACUUCUGGUGGGGAUCUUCUUCCCAUCUGCCACAGGUAUCAUGGCAGGCUCCAACAGAUCUGGUGAUCUCCGGGAUGCUCAGAAGUCCAUACCUGUGGGAACUAUCUUAGCCAUUACCACUACUUCACUUGUUUAUUUAAGUUCUGUGUUCCUGUUUGGGGCAUGUAUUGAAGGAGUAGUCCUGAGGGACAAGUUUGGGGACGCAGUAAGAAAUAAUUUGGUGGUGGGAACUCUCUCCUGGCCGUCUCCAUGGGUCAUUGUCAUUGGCUCCUUCUUCUCCACGGUGGGGGCAGGCCUGCAGUCCCUCACUGGAGCCCCCCGACUUCUACAGGCCAUUGCCAAGGAUAACAUCAUUCCUUUCCUCAGGGUGUUUGGUCAUGGAAAGAGCAAUGGAGAGCCUACAUGGGCACUGCUACUGACUGGUCUCAUAGCUGAGCUGGGUAUUCUUAUUGCCUCACUGGACAUGGUGGCUCCUAUCCUUUCUAUGUUCUUCUUGAUGUGCUAUCUCUUUGUAAACUUAGCCUGUGCUGUACAAACUCUGUUACGCACACCCAACUGGAGGCCAAGAUUCAAAUUUUACCACUGGGCUCUAUCCUUCCUGGGCAUGAGCAUGUGUCUGGCUCUAAUGUUCAUCUCCUCCUGGUACUAUGCUAUUGUGGCCAUGGGCAUUGCUGGGAUGAUCUACAAGUACAUUGAGUACCAGGGAGCAGAAAAGGAGUGGGGAGACGGCAUAAGGGGACUGUCCCUUAGCGCUGCACGCUAUGCCCUGCUAAGAUUAGAGGCUGGACCACCGCACACCAAGAACUGGAGACCUCAGCUGUUGGUGCUGUUGAAGCUGGAUGAGGACCUCCAUGUUAAAUAUCCCCGACUGCUGACGUUUGCCUCGCAGCUGAAGGCAGGAAAGGGUCUGACCAUUGUGGGCUCUGUCAUCCAAGGCAACUUCCUGGACAGCUAUGGGGAAAUGCAGGCAGCUGAACAGGCCAUUAAGAAUAUGAUGGAGAUCGAGCGGGUCAAGGGUUUCUGUCAGGUCGUGGUGGCAUCUAAAGUGCGGGAGGGCAUUGUCCAUUUGAUCCAGUCGUGUGGUCUGGGGGGCAUGAAGCACAACACUGUGGUGAUGGGCUGGCCGUACGGCUGGAGGCAGAGUGAGGACCCUCGUGCCUGGAAGACCUUUAUCAACACAGUCCGCUGCACCACAGCGGCCCACCUGGCACUAAUGGUGCCAAAAAAUGUGUCCUUCUACCCGAGCAACCAUGAACGCUUCACAGAUGGCAACAUUGAUGUGUGGUGGAUUGUCCAUGAUGGGGGAAUGCUGAUGCUGCUGCCUUUCCUGCUCAAACAGCAUAAAGUUUGGAGAAAAUGCAGAAUGCGCAUUUUUACUGUAGCCCAGAUGGAUGACAACAGCAUCCAGAUGAAGAAAGAUCUGGCCACGUUCCUCUACCAGCUGAGAAUCGAGGCCGAGGUGGAAGUGGUAGAGAUGCAUGACAGUGACAUCUCAGCAUACACCUAUGAGCGGACGUUAAUGAUGGAGCAGAGGUCCCAGAUGUUGAGGCAAAUGAGGCUGUCAAGUGCAGAGAGACAAAGAGAGGCACAGCUGGUUAAGGACAGACACUCUUUAGUGCGUAUGGGAAGUCUGUACUCAGACGAGGAGGAGGAGGUGGUGGAGGCUCCUCCAGAGAAGGUUCAGAUGACGUGGACAAGAGAAAAGUGUGAGGCUGAGAGGAGGAACAGAAACAACGCACCCGAGAACUUUAGAGAACUAAUGAGCCUCAAACCGGAUCAGUCCAAUGUGCGGCGAAUGCAUACAGCUGUGAAGCUGAAUGAGGUAAUAGUAAACAGGUCCCACGAUGCUCGAUUAGUGCUGCUCAACAUGCCAGGACCACCUCGAAAUACAGAUGGAGAUGAGAACUAUAUGGAGUUUCUGGAAGUGUUGACUGAGGGCUUGGAAAGAGUGUUGCUAGUCAGAGGCGGAGGUCGGGAGGUCAUCACUAUCUACUCAUGACCUAUUAAAAACUGCUAUACCAGGGUCUCUGCCUCAGCAAGAUCGAGGCAGCACACGCUCUGCUGCGCGAAAGUUCUUGGCAGAUGCAUGAUAUUGACUCUUUUUGAGUAAAAAAAGUGGUUUAUUCUCUACUUGUAGAAUAUUGGGACACAUUAGUGUACAUAUCCAUCUAUGUUCUACCAUUCUUUACAAAUCAAAGCUGUUAUUAUUCUCCCUCAGAAAUCAAUGCUUGUCUGUUUAACUGUCAAACACGGACUUUAGGUUAAUGUUUUUUUUUUAUUCAUAGGUAACAAAUACCUUGUCACAGGUGAACCUAUCUUUGAGAAUUUGGCAGACAGAACUACACUACUACACCCCGAGAAGUACACAUGUUGUUAGAACAGUUUUCGCAACCUUUAAUCUAAAACAGCUCUUUGAUUAUGGAAGCACACUGUAUUUAUUUAUUUAUUCUUUCAACGUUUCCCCACUGAGGUAAAAGAAAAUGUUACUGAAGAUAAUGAACACAAUGCUCCAGUAUGUAAAUGUGGAUGCCAGAGAUCAUAAAGCAAGUUUUUAAAAAUAGUUAUAAUUUAUGAUUUUUUUUUGACAGAUAUUUGUAUUGUUGAUGAGUGAAAAAAACUGUUUAUGAAUAACUUUUUUUACCUGUUACAUUUGUUUUUUUUUUAAACAAACCUGAAAAGCUUAUUUGUACACAAAAAAGGCGGCUGAAGUGAAGAUCUCUUUUUCUAAGAUGAGUAUGAUCAGUAUUUCUUUUUAUGACUGAAUGAUAUAUACAAGUAAAGAGUAUUUUAUAUUUAAGGGAUAACCCAUGACAAGCUGUGCAGUUAUCAAAAACUAAAUGCACAAUGCCAAGACUGCCUCAAGUUUGCUCCCAACUUUAUUAGAUUUAAAUUCUUUUAACGUUUGUUUUUUUUUUCCAGAACAGCAUAGGUUGGAGUGGAUUAUCCCAUUUAUAUCAUGUCAUGUAAUUUUCCAGAAAUCCAAAUGUACACUUUCAGUAAUUAAAUGGAGGCUUUAUGUUGGCAGUAUUUUAGUGAGGUUAUGAAUAUUAACUUUUGAAGAGCUAUGAGGCUUAAAAACGCUGUGGUUAUGUGAAAAUUGUGCACAUGGUGUAGAAAUUAACAUCAGUGUGAGCUCACCGAAGCAAAUUCCUAUCAACUACAUGGCAAUACAGUAUUAUAUCUGAAUCUCAACACGACAGUUGUUUGUUUGGCCAAAUGGGAAAAUAGCUCACACUAAAAUACACACUAUGUUUUGUAAACUUCCACAACAUCUUAUUAUGCUGUAAGGUAAAAUAAAAACAUCAAUUAAUAAA